UUGAUGUUGCGAAAAAGCUGUAACGAAAAAAUUGGAGAAAACAGAAUAAAGGUUCCGUCGUUGCUAGAAUCCUUUUCCAACUCCGUGAAGCCUACGGAUUGCAGCGGCAUAUUCGCCGAAAAAAUUUUCUUUUAUUUCUCGCCCUUUUCGUUGCAGGUCCAAAACCCUACUAAAACCCUAUUCUCUCAUCCUCUCGAUCGUAGAACUGAUAUAUCAAAGCUGGAGUUCGUGAAGCCUCUCAGGAUCACCAAGAUCAAUGCUUCGAGCACUAAGCUCUGGAUCAUCGCCGGUAUCGGCGUGGUCGGCGUCCUGAUAAUGGCCGAGUCCGCUCGCCGGAGGAGAAAGGGUUCAAAUGAAACGUCGCCUCGUGUGAAGGAUUUCGGUGCUUUCAUUGAACGAUUUGAGCUCCUCCCAGCACCGCAGCCGCCGCCUCCUGCUGCACGCCACCCCCUCUCGGACCUCACAUUCGCUGUUGCUGACAAUUUUGAUGUCAAGAAUUCAGUUUCUGGUUUCGGGAAUCCAGACUGGAAGCGGACGCAUGAGCCGGCGGGCAAGACGGCAGCGGUGAUCUCGCUGUUGCUGCAGCGGGGAGCCACUUUGGUUGGCAGAACGGUUAUGGAUGAAUUGGCUUUUGGAGUCACAGGAGAGAACUUGCAUUAUGGCAUGCCCAUAAAUCCACAAUUAUUACUGCAAAUCCCAGGGGGAUCUUCUAGUGGUUCUGGUGUGGCGGUUGCUGCUGGUCUUGUUGACUUUGCACUUGGUACUGAUACAAUUGGAUGUGUGAGAAUUCCAGCUGCAUUUUGUGGCAUUCUUGGUUAUAGACCUUCUCACGGGGUUGUAUCCAACAUUGGAAUUUUGACAAACUCACAAAGCCUAUGUACUGUAGGUCUGUUUGCACGAGAUCCAUCUAUUUUCCAUCGUGUUGGACAUUUAUUGUUGCAAGCAUCUCAAACGGUUGUUAAGCGGGAAAAGCGCUUUAUAUUUGCUGAUGAUUUCUUUCAGUAUUCUAGGAUUCCAAAGCAGAAAACCGUACAUGUUAUAAGCAAGGCCAUUGAAGCUCUAUCCGGGUACUUACCAGCUAAGCAUAUGAAUGUUAGUCACUACAUUGCUUCAAAUGUACCAAUUUUAAAAGAGUUCGGCGAGCCCUAUACAAAACUGCAUCAAGGAACAACAACUCUGCAGGCUCUUUCAACAAUAAUGCUAUCACUUCAAAAAUAUGAGUUCAAAACAAACCAUGAGGAGUGGAUUAACACUGUCAAGCCCAGUUUGGGGCAUGAGAUCUCUACACGUGUGCGUGUAGCGUUAAACUCAACAUAUGACAAUGUUAAAUAUUUGUAUAAAGCCAGGGCAGAACUUCGAGCUGCACUCAAUAGCCUCUUAAAGGAUGAUGGAGUUUUGGUUAUUCCAACUAUCCCUGAUUUCCUUUCAAAGCAUAGCUCGAAGAGGAAAAUGUCUCCUGAGUUUGAAGAUCGAUUGUUUAUGUUGUUGUGCCUUGCAGGCUUAUCGGGCUGUUGUCAGGUCGCCAUUCCACUAGGAAAGCAUGAAAGCUAUCCCAUUUCGCUAUCAUUCAUAGCGGCACAUGGAGCAGAUAAGUUUCUUCUUGAUACCGUUCUAGACAUGCAUUCAUCUCUCCAGGAGCAAAUUAGCCUUGCGUCAAGUUUGGCCCCCCUACCAGAUUUUAAUGGAGACAUGGAUGCUUCGGAGUUAUUGAAAGAAAAGGGAAAUGCUGCAUUCAAAGGAAAACAGUGGAACAAGGCUGUUAACUUCUACACGGAAGCCAUUAAAUUGAACGACUCAAAUGCUACAUAUUAUUGUAACAGAGCAGCUGCUUAUCUCGAACUGGGGUGUUACCAGCAGGCUGAAGCAGAUUGCAAUCAAGCCAUUUUGCUAGAUAAAAAGAAUGUUAAAGCAUAUCUAAGAAGAGGAACAGCGAGGGAGAUGCUCGUAUCUUAUAAAGAAGCUGCUCAAGAUUUCAAGCAUGCUCUUGUUCUAGAACCACAAAACAAGGCUGCUCGUGAUGCAGAGAAAAGGCUAAGGAGACUGAUGAGCUAAUCUCUUGAUUUUGCAAUGAAUCCAUGAGUUUCUGCUGCAGGUCCAACAGUUUUAAGGUCUGUUGAAGCAGGAAUCCUGGCUUUUUUUGGGUACCCAAAGCAACUCACAAAAUCCUGUUAUUUUCAAAAUUUUCUUUCUUGACUUGGAAAUUUCAUUGCAAGCAUUGCUGCAAAGAUUUAUUUAUACUUGAAAAUUUUCUCGGUUGUAGAGGAAACACAUUUUGUUUUGAGUUCUAAAUAUAAAGGGUAGCGAAGGUCUGCGUGUGUUCUCCAUUUUGCUAGUUUAUUUAGACUGUUUGCAAGGUGAAGAUUUUGUGAAAAGAAUUGAAGAAAAAGGGUUUUAUACGUUUGGCA